UUGCAGUUGCACCUCCUCACUGCCAACACACUCAUCUUUCAUUACAAGUUCCUCCACUUCUCUUCUUCCUUUAAACCUGGCCCUUCAUAUCUUGCUCCUUUAAUUUUCUUUGCAUUUCAGAUCAAUAUUUGCUCUUCAGUGACACUGCAUCAAUGGCUUGUCUUCAUAUUUUCAAAGAGGACAAGGUAGACGGGAAGAUGAAAAAGAAAGAGGCAGUUUACACCCAAGAUGGAAGCGUGGAUGGACAUGGUCAUCCAGCAAUCCGGGAUAGAACGGGAACAUGGUUCGCCGGAAUUCUAAUACUAGUGAAUCAAGGGCUAGCCACGUUGGCAUUCUUUGGAGUGGGAGUGAACUUAGUUCUGUUUCUGACAAGAGUGUUGGGCCAAGACAAUGCAGCUGCAGCAAACAAUGUGAGCAAAUGGACUGGAACUGUUUAUAUCUUCUCUCUCCUGGGAGCCUUCCUCAGUGACUCCUACUGGGGCAGGUACAAGACCUGUGCCAUCUUCCAGGCCAUCUUUGUCGUCGGUCUGGUCUCCUUGUCUCUGUCAUCUUACAUAUUCUUACUCAAGCCCAGAGGGUGUGGCAAUGAUCAAUUUCCAUGUGAAUCCCACUCAAGUUUCCAGAUUGCUCUGUUCUAUCUCUCCAUCUACCUUGUUGCGCUAGGAAAUGGAGGGUACCAGCCCAAUAUAGCUACAUUGGGGGCUGAUCAGUUUGAUGAAGAACACCCUGAAGAAGGGCACUCGAAGAUUGCCUUCUUCAGCUACUUUUAUUUGGCUUUGAAUCUUGGGUCUCUUUUUUCAAACACUAUAUUGGGCUAUUUUGAGGACCAUGGGAUGUGGGCACUGGGAUUUUGGGCGUCUACAGGCUCUGCUGUUUUGGCUUUGGUCUUGUUUCUCAUUGGGACUCCCAGGUAUAGGCACUUCAAACCUCAAGGCAAUCCUCUCUCUCGGUUUUGUCAAGUGGUGGUUGCUGCAACUAGAAAGUGGAAAUUUGAGAUGGUUCAAAAUCCCGAGGAUAUGUUUGAAGUAGAUGAAAAGAAGUGUUCCAACGAUGGCGACAGAAAGAUAAUCCACACCGAUGGCUUCAGAUUCUUGGACAGAGCAGCCCUUGUCACACCCAACGAUUUCUCUGAUAAGGAGAAUUACAUUCUUAAUCCAUGGCGUCUUUGCACAGUUACACAAGUGGAAGAAGUCAAGUGCAUAUUGAGACUCCUCCCAAUCUGGCUAUGCACAAUUCUAUACUCAGUAGUAUUCACUCAAAUGGCAUCCCUCUUCGUUGAACAAGGCGCCGCUAUGAAAACUACCAUCUCAGGCUUCCACAUUCCUCCAGCAAGCAUGUCCAGUUUUGACAUAAUCAGCGUCGCAGUAUUCAUAUUCAUCUACAGGAGAGUUCUGGACCCCCUUUUUGCCAGGCUAAGAAAAGAUCCAAGAGGCCUCACCGAGCUUCAGAGAAUGGGAAUCGGCCUAGUUAUCGCAAUAAUAGCAAUGAUCUCUGCAGGGGUGGUAGAGUUAUUCAGAUUAAAGCAUGCACAAAAAGGAAAAACUUGUACAAGCUGCAAGAGCGCGAGUUCUUUAAGCAUUUUCUGGCAAAUUCCACAGUAUGUACUGAUAGGAGCAUCAGAGGUAUUCAUGUACGUAGGACAAUUAGAAUUUUUCAACGGACAAGCACCAGAUGGAUUGAAAAGCUUCGGCAGUGCACUUUGCAUGACAUCCAUAUCUCUGGGGAACUACGUGAGCAGCUUGCUGGUCACAGUCGUGAUGAAAAUUUCUGCGACAGAUGACAUGCCAGGAUGGAUUCCAGGAAACCUGAACAAAGGUCACCUAGACAGAUUUUACUUUCUUCUGGCAGCUUUGACGAGCGCAGAUUUCAUAGUAUAUAUUAUAUGCGCAAAAUGGUACAGGUAUAUCAAGUUUGAGGGCAAGUGUGAUGCCAUUGCUGAUAACAACGUCGACGAUCAAGAAGCCGACCAUAGAGUUUGAUUGCUGAUUAGUAGUGCUUAAUUUCAUUUUUCAUUUAUAUAGCAUGCAUCGUAGCAAUGAAACUGGAGGACUUGAUUUUCACUUGUCUCCAAGUUGAGCAUGAGGGUUUCCAAAAUGUUCAUUUGUAUCUUAGCAAUGAAACUUAGAGGACUUGAUUUGAAUUUUAA